AUGACAUCGCUUUCAUUGUCCCUCGGCCCACCAGCCUUAGUGCGGCUACACGACGCCCUGAUAUGCCUGUCCAAAUUCAGCGAAACCGUCGCCAUCGAAGCAGAGCCAGGUAUUCUUCGUCUCAGUGCUCUUAAUCUAACUAAAACGGGGUUUGCGUCCUUCGCGUUCGAGAAGGAGGUUUUCUUCGAGGCGUAUUCUUUCCAGUCUAAAGGUGAUGGUCGAAGUGGGAGUGUUUCGAUGGACAGGUUCUACUGCCAGAUCCUGAUCAAAGCACUUUUGUCUAUUUUCCGUGGGCGAAUUGACAGAAAUAAGGAUACGGCUGUUGAACGUUGUGAUAUGGAAUUGCAUGAAGAUCUGCAGCAGACUGAAUGUAGACUCACUGUGAAGAUGAUAUGUGGGCUAGGCGUGAUCAAAUCAUACAAGCUUACUUACGAGCCAGCGGCGAUCCAGCAUGCUGUUUUUGAUAAAUCAAAAGCUACCAGCAUGUGGACUGCAGAUCCAAAAUUCCUCAAACAACUCAUUGAGCACUUCAGCUUAUCUGCCGAGCAACUAGACAUGUACUCUGAUUCCGGCAGAGCGGUGUUUACGAGCUUCACAACUAAAAUCACCGAGGGAAAGGAAGUACUCAAACACCCGGUCCACACAUCCGUGGCAGCAGACAAGCGCGACUUCCAAACUUAUGUAGUCGAAGACAACAUGCACGUCGCAAUCAAUCUAAAAGACUUCAAAGCUGUAGUUGCGCACGCCGAAACAGCAAACGCCACUGUGACAGCACGAUACACUCGACCCUGCAAGCCUCUGCAACUGCAAUACCAAUUCGAGGGUAUCAAUGCUGAGUUCACGGUCAUGACUCGCGGCCAGGCGGAUAGCGAUGAUGCACCUAGUUCAACACGAGCGACAAUCCCACGGGAGACACCACGACAGACGCCUGCGCCUGUCAUAAUAUCCAACAGGUCUCAGGCACCUGUGACACCAAGUAUACAGAUGCCUCCGCCGCCACCGCGGAGCAGAUCUAUUCGUCCUUUGAAUGGAACAUCAACGCAGGAGAACCUGAGCCAGAAGGCUAGUACGGAUCGGCCGGUGGCGUCUGGGCUUUCGAUGGAAUUUGAUAGCCUUUUCGUCCCCGCUGAUGAUGACCGGCAGUGGGAUGAGAUGAAUGAAGAAGAGGAGCCGCAGGAUAUUCUUGGGUGGGAUGCGUCGGGAACACAGGACGCAUUGGGAGCAUCUCUCCGCGAUGCGGAGCCUGUGGUCCUGAAGCAGGAUGGCGCAGAAGAGCCAGAUGAUGAGAUGGGUCUUCCGCCGACACAGCGAUUGUCUCAGGUCCGCCACUAUGGUCUUUUCGACUGA